AUGAGGAUUCUAGCAGUACUAUGGACACUAUAUCUGGUAAGAUUAUGCCACUGUGGAGGUGAUGAGGACGGUAAAAAGCCUUCAACGUCAGGGGAAAAUCCAUCUACACCAAAAGAAACACCUCAGGGAGCCACCAGCACCUCUAUGGGUGCUCAAGGGCCCAAAGUUGUAUCAAAAGACGCCAAAGGUAAACAUAAAAGUGUAACAGAGAAACCCAAAAUCAAGCUAUCCAUAAAGGUCAUCGACUUGGAAAAGCUGGAUUUCAAAAGCUUCGACAUCUACGAAUGCAACGAUAAUGGUAAUGAGGUAUCACUAGUGGUUCCUAAGCCCGGUGUGGUUGUUAGCAGGGUCAUUGAAGGGGAGACCACGAUUUGGGUUCCAUAUUUUGACGAAAAAUUGGACCACUUCAAGAUUUUCUAUAGGUUCGGCCAGGUUAAAUUAGCCUUGUUAGCGUACAGAAAGGGUGAAUUUGCUACAGGAAUCUGGUUUGAAAAGGUCAAGGACGACUGGUUCGAUUGUACCGGUAAACAUUCAGCAAAGGUCUUGGCACUAAAAGUGCCCAUAGAGCGGAGGAGAACGUUUGUUAUCGACCUUGAGGAUAAGGACGACACCAAGCAAUGCAGAAUAUUUACUGCACGACUCUUUGGAAUAGACGUGAGAUUCUACCACGCGAAAUUCGGGUACAUUGCGAGGGAAGUGAUGUAUCAGAGUGUCACACUUUGGGAUAUCAGUCAAGAGGAGAAUGAAAUGUGCUUCUCCUGUAACCUCUACUAUAAAGAGAAGAAGCCAUAUCUUCUCGUUAUAAUGAUCAACAAGAGAGACAAGUUGAAAUACAAAUGUUUUGAGAGAGUAGACGAUGAGUGGAAACCUUUAACUUUGGACAAGUUUAAGGAGGCCAGAGGCAUCCUCAUGGGCUUCCCGUUUACCACCAAAUCCAAAAUCGAGCAAAAAACAAAGACUUGGUGGACUAGAACUUUGGAAAGGUUGAGUACUAGAGAACGCGGAUCAAUCCUUCGUCGGGAACACAAGACACGGGGACCAAAGAAUUGA